AAAAUUAGACACCUGAGCUGCUUAGACUAAAUUUUUGACAAUGGAUAGUAUUAGUGUCAGACUUAUGAAGUUACACAAAUGAAUGGUUGGCUUGACUACAUUGAUUGUAUGGAUACGCCUUAUCCUUUGUGGUGAUUUUCUUCUUCAAUUUCCCUAUUGAUCAUGUAUUUCCCAAGUAGCUUAACAGUCCCUCCUUGGAUUGUUUACUUUUCUUGUCUUUAGGUGUAACUACAAAUAAGAAUACUGAUAUGAUAAAGUUACACGGUUUUCUUCAAUGGUUUGCUUCAUAUGUUGAACAUUCUCCUUCAUCCAACAUAUGAUGGUAUGAUCUGCAUCUUGGCUGUCUCUGUAUGCCAUGACAAUUGUUUUUGUAUUAAUUUUGCAGGAAGUUGGGCUCAAUAUAAGGAGGCAACACUCUCAUGAAGGUGCAGAAGUUCUUUCACGGCCUGCAGUUGUAACAGUGAUGGGUCAUGUUGACCAUGGUAAAACUUCUCUUUUAGAUGCUUUACGUCAGACAUCAGUGGCAGCCAAAGAAGCUGGUGGUAUAACUCAGCAUCUCGGUGCUUUUGUUGUGGGCAUGCCAUCAGGAGCAUCUAUUACAUUCCUUGAUACACCUGGUCAUGCUGCAUUCAGUGCCAUGAGGGCCAGGGGUGCAGCAGUCACAGAUAUUGUUGUGUUAGUUGUAGCUGCUGAUGAUGGUGUGAUGCCACAAACUCUUGAAGCAAUAUCCCAUGCAAAGGCAGCUAAUGUGCCAAUUGUGGUUGCAAUUAAUAAAUGUGAUAAACCUGCUGCCAACCCAGAAAGAGUGAAAAUUCAGCUUGCUUCAGAGGGCUUGCAGCUGGAGGAGAUGGGUGGGGAUAUUCAGGUGGUUGAAGUUUCAGCAGUAAAGAAAACUGGACUUGAUAGUUUGGAGGAAGCUUUGCUUCUUCAGGCUGAUAUGAUGGAUCUAAAAGCACGAGUUGAUGGGCCUGCUCAAGCCUAUGUGGUGGAGGCUAGACUUGAUAAAGGACGGGGUCCAUUGGCUACUGCUAUAGUAAAGGCAGGGACAUUGGUCUGCGGGCAGCAUGUUGUUGUAGGUCGCGAAUGGGGCAGAAUAAGAGCUAUUAGGGACAUGUUGGGGAAAUUGACUGAGGCUGCAAAACCUGCAAUGCCAGUUGAGAUUGAGGGCUUGAAGGGGCUUCCAAUGGCUGGUGAUGAUAUUAUUGUUGUGGAUUCAGAGGAAAGAGCUAGAAUGCUCAGUGAAGGGAGGAGAAGAAAAGCCGAGAAAGAUAGGCUUAGGAAGAUUAAUGAGGGACGGACAGAAAAUGUAGAGGAGGAAUCAGAAGACAUGCCUAAGAGAGUUGAAAUGCCAAUUAUCGUAAAAGCAGAUGUGCAGGGCACUGUUCAAGCUGUAACAGAUGCAUUGAAGACUUUAAAUAGUCCCCAGGUUUUUGUGAAUGUGGUCCAUGUUGGUGUUGGGCCAAUUUCGCAGUCUGAUGUGGACUUAGCACAAGCUUGUGGUGCAUGUAUAGUUGGAUUUAAUAUAAAAAGUCCGCCUAGUACAGUCAUUCAGGUUGCAACUCGAGCCAACAUAAAGAUAGUGUUGCAUCGUGUUAUCUAUCACCUUCUAGAGGACAUUGGUAAUUUGAUUGUUGACAAAGCUCCUGGCACUUUUGAGACCCGUGUGGCUGGAGAGGCUGAGGUGCUGAAUAUUUUUGAGCUCAAAGGAAGAAGCAAGUCCAAGGGAGACGAUGUGAAAAUUGCUGGCUGCAGAGUGAUUGAUGGUCGUUUCACCAAAUCAUCGACUAUGAGACUUCUCAGGAGUGGGGAAGUCGUGUUUGAGGGAUCUUGUGCAUCGCUCAAGCGGGAGAAACAAGAUGUAGAGACUGUAGGAAAGGGAAAUGAGUGUGGACUCGUCAUCUGUGAUUGUGAUGAUUUUCAGGUUGGCGAUGUCAUCCAGUGCUUGGAGCAAGUUAUCAGGAAACCCAAGUUCAUUUCGUCAGAGAGCGGAGCUGUUCGAAUCGAGUGCUGAUACAGUUUCUGUGGAUUU